ACGCCUACCAUACGGUGUCGUAUGAUUCUGUUAUCUUUUCUUAGAGAAGGAGACGAAACAGCAGCUUUGGAUUCAUCAGGAUUGAGAAGGAGCUCGUUCCGAUACGGUGGUGGGUGAAAAAAAUGUCGUCAUUUCUCAAAUCCUUCAUUGAUCCAAGUAAGAAUUUCCUUGCUCGGAUGCACAUGAGAGCCAUAUCUACUCGACUUCGAAGAUACGGUCUUAGGUACGAUGAUCUGUACGAUCAGUAUUACAGUAUGGACAUUAAAGAGGCGAUGAACAGACUCCCCAGAGAAGUCGUUGAUGCUCGUAACCAGCGUCUUAAACGCGCCAUGGAUCUCUCCAUGAAGCAUGAGUACCUCCCUAAAGACCUUCAGGCUGUGCAGACGCCAUUCCGGGGCUAUCUUCAAGAGAUGUUGGCUCUAGUCGAGAGGGAAAGAUUGGAAAGAGAGGCUUUGGGAGCUCUGCCUCUUUACCAGCGCACAAUCCCUUAAGCAUUUUUUUUCGAUUUCUUGCGAAUGGAGGUUGCUUUUUAAGUACAAGUCUCCUAAUUGGUAUUUUUGGUACUCAUUUCCCAAAACCAAUCUACUCUGGUUCUUGAAAAAUAGAAGCCUCUUUUGCAUAUGUUGGCUUUGAAUAAAAUCAUUGAUGCAACCCAAGUAUUUUUUUUUUCCUUUUUCUGUUUGUAUUUCCAUGAUUCCAUAUAUUUUCUUGCUAUUGCCCUAUAGUUUUAUAAUUUCAAUA